AUGGCUGCACCUGCGGUUCCAGUUCAAAAUCCUACGGUGUCCUUUUGGAGAACAAUGGUGCACCCAAUCGAUGAUCAACGGACCACAUCAAAGCUCCCUGACACAGUGGAUGUUAUUGUUAUCGGUGCUGGAUAUGCUGGGAUAUCUGUAAUGCACCACAUGCUUGAGCUAGCUCAAAACAAGGACAUUCCCAUGCCAUCUAUACUUCUCUUGGAGGCACGUGAAGCGUGCUCCGGAGCGACAGGUCGUAAUGGUGGCCACUUAAAACCUGACGUAUGUGGUAUGGCUACAGCAGUUGCACGUAACUACGGCUUGGAUGCUGCCAUCGAGUGUGCCAGAUUUGAACAGCAGCAUGUGUCAGCUCUCAAGGAGCUCAUUGAGAGUGAGGAUAUCGACUGUGAUUUAAUUUUGACACGUUGCAUCGACGUCUUCUUGGAUGAGACAUUUUUGAAUGAAACGAGAGACAAGCUAGCGGAACUGAAAAGAAAAGAUGUGUCUAUGAUGAGUGCCAUUCAGACACUGUCUGGUACCAAGGCGGAACAGGUCUCGGGCGUCAAGGGUGCAAAAGGUUGCAUCACUUAUCCGGCAGGGCAUCUGCAUCCCUACAAACUGCUUAUGCAUCUUUUGUCCAAGGCCUUGGAUAUGGGAGUUAAUCUUCAAACACAUACUUGCGUUAAGCAUGUCACUACCACGCCCGAUGACGAUGGGUACGCCACGGUAACAACGGACAGGGGCAAAGUACGCGCAAAACAAAUUGUUUAUGCCACCAAUGCAUACACAGCUGCAUUAUUGCCCGAGUUAAAGGACAAAAUUAUCCCCGUGAGGGGCACGUGCUGUCGUAUUGUUCCUAAGACAAGCACCGCUGUUUUGAAAAACUCAUGUACUAUACGACGUAGUUCGAUCGAUUCCGAGUACCUCGUCCCCCUCCUGGAUGGCAGUUUGGUUGUCGGUGGUGGCCGUGUAAAGUAUUACCACAACAAAGCCGAAUGGUACGACAAUGUCGCGGAUGACGAAUUGAUGCGAGGGACACAUCCACAUUUCGAUGGCUAUAUGCAGCGACAUUUCCAUGGCUGGGAAGAUAGUGAAGCAGAAACCCAGGAAAUAUGGACUGGGAUAAUGGGACACUCAGCAGAUGGGGUGCCCUUCGUGGGAAAUCUACCGGAUAGACCAAAUCAAUUCAUCAUUGCUGGUUUCUCUGGGCAUGGCAUGCCUCAAGCAUACCUCGCGGCAAAAGGGCUCGCAUCAAUGAUAAUAGAAGGAGCAAGUUUUCAUGAUACGAAGUUACCAAAGGUUUUUGAGGCAAGUACAAAGAGGUUAAAGAAUCCAGUUAACUUGGUCCUACAAAAUUGGCAAGAUUGGAGAGUUUCUGUUUCACCCAAGCUAUGA